CAUAUCAUUGUACAUUCACUUUAUUUCUGUGUGCUAGAACCAGACUGAGGCCACAGAAAAGCAGAUGAAAGAGGAGUUUGAGCAGCUGCGGGAGUUCCUGCAGAAGGAGGAGACGGCUCGGAUGGCCGCCCUGCUGAAGGAGGAUGAGGAGAAGAAGGAGCUGGCGAAGAAGAAGUCAGAGAACAUCACCAGAAGUAUCUUCACCUUUUCUCACGCUGUCAUUGCCAUUGAGAACGAGAUUGGUUCCAGUGAUGCUCUCUUCCUUAAGAAUUACGCCAACACAAAGAAAAGAGCACAGAUCCGACCGAAUAUCCCUGAAAAGGUGUGGAAGGACGCUCUUAUAAAUGUGGCCGAGCAUGUCGGUUCCCUCAAGUACCAUGUGUGGGAGAAGAUGGCCGAGCUGGUUCAGUACACGCCCAUCACCCUGGACCCCAACACCGCCUACCCCUGGUUGUCCCUCUCCUCGGACCUGACCUGCGUCACUAACAGCGGAUGCCUCCAGAAUGUCCCGGACAAUCCUGAACGUUUCGGCCAUUUUGUGUUCCUGCUGGGGUCAGAGGGCUUCACCUCGGGCCGCCACGCCUGGGAGGUGGAGGUGGGGGACAAGGCGGACUGGAUGCUCGGGGUGGUCAAGGAGACCAUCGACAGGAAAGGCCGCAUUUCAGGUUGUCCCGAAGGUGGCUUUUGGAUGAUCGCGCACUACGAGGGCGAGUACUCGGCCAUGACGAGGCCCAGCACCCCGCUGCACCUGCAGGGGGAGCUGACCCGGGUCAGGGUGCAGCUGGACUUUGACUCCGGACAGGUGAUCUUCUCCAACCCUGUGAGCAUGAUGCCCAUCUACACCUUCAACGAUUUCUUUACUGAGAAGAUUUACCCCUUUUUCUGCCCUGGAGCCAACAUCAAUGGGAAUAACCCCAACCCGCUGAAGAUCUGCACCGCUAAGGUGGCUGUGUGGAACAGUGCUACAUGGUGAUUUUGAAA